AUGUUAUUAAUAGAGAACCAGUUUGUGAAUAUUUCUUUGAAGAAAGACUUAUUAUCGACGCUGAAAAGGCGAUCAAUACAUAUACGAAUCAUUUUAGUCGCGUUUCUAUUUUCGUUUUCUCUCUGGAUUUCUCGCCAGUCAUAUGCCAACGAUACUCACGUCGAGCUCACGUUCAACGGCACCAUCCGACAAUCAUCGUGGCAAGCUCAAAUACAAAACUCCAAAAUUGUGGAGCAGCAAAGCACCUAUACGCCAAGUUUAUUUAUUCCCGAAGCAUUAGCCCUGAAUAACUACAAGAUUGUCACGGCCAUAGUUCAUUGCUUCACCAAUGAUUCCAGCAUUGAGCACGUCGUGAAUCAUCUCUCCAAAUACCCAUUCAUACAGGAGAUCCAUAUCUAUAAUCAAGCAGGUGCGACUCCAACCAAUAUUUCCAUUCCUGUCCGAUAUUUCGACCCGCACGGACGCGACAGUGCCACUAGCCGGUUCAGUCUCUGUGCGGAAGCUACUACAGAUUAUUGCUAUUUCCAGGAUGAUCAAUGGCUAAAUCCGUAUAUGGAUACUUUGUAUACAAACUUUUUACGAAACCCUGACAUUGUUCAUGCCACGGUGGACCCGGGCCAUUACGUCGACCACGUCCGUUGGCGGUUUGCGAACACGGAACGUCAAUUACAUACAGGCUAUGUUUAUCUUGGCUUUGGCAGUUAUGUGUCCAAAUCUGCUGCACAACAAUUUCUAUCACAACUGCCUUUGCAGAAUAGCCACUUAUCUACCGUGGAAACGGCCGACAUCUUUUUUUCGCUAUGGAUGAACCAGUAUCCGUGGUUACUCGCCAACCCGAUCCUGCCGACCCAACCGCAGACCGACCUAUUCAGGAAUCCAGACUUGCAUCGAGCAUUGGUAAUAUCUGCAUUUCCAAAUGUAAUACUGAUUUUUCAACCUGAUCCCGUUUUCUUUUCUAACCCUGAUGUUGUGCAUCAUAGAGCAUCUUGUACAAAUGAUAGAUGCAUUUUUACCACCGAUAUCGACCCAAUGCCGAACCCGCAGUUAUUGCCGUUUAGUACCGACAAUUUCACAAGCCUCAGUCAUUUUGAAGCGCUUUACUACGAAAGUGACGUUCCAACUCGCAACGGCUGGCCGUUGCAUGCGUUUCACCGUGCCGUGGAUUCCAAUCCCACCACCUGCUGGCAUUCGUACCUGCGUGAGUAG